AUGGGAUUGCUACACGAUGGUAUCCUCGAUUCGUCCAUCACAGCCUCAUCCUGCUUGGAUGCUUACUCAUGCGUGACCAGGUCUCGACUAAAUACCAUGGCAACCAAGAUGUAUCGAGGGGCGUGGCUACCUCGAGUAGCGGACGAAAAUCAAUGGAUUCAAACAUUCAGCGGUAACUUUGACACCUCAACGCCUGUGGCGAACGAGUUUUCUCCACCCUUCGUAGCUCGCUUCGUGAGGCUCGAACCCCAAACCUGGCACAAUUACAUCGCUCUCAGGCUGGAAUUCUACAUCAAAGGACCCGUUGCAGAUGCUAUCGACACAGCCCGCCCUCUGGGGAUGAUGGACGGGCAGAUUCCCGAUGUCUUCAUCUCCUCAUCCUCUUGCCACUCUAAAUAUUUCUGCACACGGCACGCUCGUCUCAACUACCCCUCAGCUAGCUGGUUAGCUAACAGGAACGAUUAUGAACAGUGGAUCAAAGCUGACCUGCGCGCUGUGUACAUAGUUCAAGGGGUCAUCACGCAGGGUCAACCAAACUUUGACCAAUGGGUGACACGUUUUACCAUAUCACACAGUCUAGACGGUAAAACAUGGGCCAAGGUCAAAGAUCAUUGCACAAGUGAAACCAAGACGUUUGUCGGCAAUCACGAUAGCAGAACGCCGAUCGUCAACUUUUUCGAUCGAGAUUUUAAGGCACGAUUAGUCCGCCUCGAACCCAAGUCAUGGUACGGUCAUAUCUCUAUGAGGUUUGAGGUCAUGGGCAAAGGACCAAUCGCAGAGCAUAUGUUUGAAUCUAUGGAGCUAGGGGUAGAACAUCGCCAUGCCCGCCUCUACAGUAUGACAGCAUCUAGUUGUCAUGACCACCGACAUUGCGCAGACCAUGCUAGGUUGAACCAAGCGAGCUGGAGUGCCGAACUCCGAGGCGCUUGGAUGCCGAAAAGAGACGACAGAAAACAAUGGGUCCAGGUCGAUCUCUCUCAUCCAUACCUCAUCACUGGCAUCGUGACAAAAGGGAUGCAAGGAACUCAUAAAUGGGUAUCAUCUUUCCUCGUCUCCCAUAGCAACAAUGGGCGUGACUACGAGCCUCUCAGAGAUAAAUGUUGUGAAGAACCGGAGGAUUUCAUAGCCAAUGAUGAUGAUAGUACCCAGGUGACAAACACAUUCCAUCCUCCCUUCACGGCUCGCUAUGUACGUAUCUACCCUGUUUCAUGGGUCGAGAGGAUCGCAUUGAGGUUCGAACUCCUCGGUGUCAAAUUGACAAACGGUGAAGCGAUGAUAACUCGACCACUGGGGCUGGAAGACCGACGCAUUGCCGACUCUCAACUCAGCGCCUCGUCGUGCUGGAAUACGAUCCAGUGCGCGAACACGGCCAGGCUAUUCAACGAAUACCAAGCAUGGUCACCGAAGAAAACCGAUAAAAACCCAUGGAUCCAGGUUGACUUGCGCCAGUCGUUUCGUCUAGAAGCUGUACUAACUCAAGGUCGCGACAAUGCUGAUAAUUGGAUACAGACUUUCUUGGUGACGUACAGUUUAGAUGGUUACUCCUGGACAUACAGUCUAGGAAAUGAUGGACAACCACAGAUAUUUCACAGCAAUCAGGAUCGGAAUAGUCUGGUCGUCAACCCCUUCAUGCCGGCAUUCGUCGCCCGAUUCGUCCGUAUCGAGCCGCUAUCCUGGCACCAUCAUAUCUCAUUGAGGUUUGAACUGUUUGGAGCUGGUCCUAUUCCAGUAAUACCGAAUACCCUGGGCCUCGAGGAUUAUCGUAUAGCGGAUUCAGAACUCCAAGCAUCCAGUUGCAACAACGAUCGUCACUGCGCGAAUCACGCGCGUCUCAACUUCGCCGGCGAGGACGAACAAGGUGGAACCCCGAGUAACUCGGUGACGUCAUCGGGGAAACUCCCCGGAGCGUGGAUACCGCGGUACAACGACCACAACCAAUGGGUGGGGGUGGAUCUCGUCGAGAAAUACCGGGUGGUUGGGGUCAUCACGCAAGGACGGGAAGACGCUGACCAAUGGGUGACGUCAUUUGCGGUGUCGUACAGCAUGGAUAACGAGGCGUGGUCGUUCAUUGGAGAUUGCGAUCGCGAAGAAAAGAUCUACCGGGGUAACCACGAUCGCUCAACCCCAAUCAUCAACUUGUUCGAGACGCCUCUCCUGGCUCGCUCCGUCAGGGUUCAUCCGAAGAGAUGGACCAGGCACAUCGCCCUCCGACUCGAACUCCUCGGCAAUGGCCCAGUCGCAGUUUAA